CGGCGGCCAAGGCAGGCAGUCGUCAGCAGAAAGAGAUUAUUAAUUAAAAACACAGUUUUUCGUUGUGUCUCGUCACUCUGAGAAAAUGGGUGCAAUUGUAUCAAGAUGGCGGAAAAAGCCAUCCACCAUAGAAGUCCUAGAGGACAUAGACAAGGAUAUCAAGUCUAUAGAAAAAUUCAAGCAGCACAAUUUGGAGCUCCAGAAGAAGAUCAUUGGUUCCCUUCUCCUGUACUCCAUACUGUUUUAUAUCUCCGCAGCAGUAGUCUUCUAUUUUUAUUACAUGCCCAAGAAAUUACAGCUCAAAAUCCUAUACUCCUUGCCAUUGUUGUUCUUCCCAGUAUUAAUAUGGUUGAUCAAGAAAAUUCUCCAUUGGUAUUUUGUAAAAAGAAUAGCAAGUAAUGAUUUCAAACUUGAAGAACUAAAAGAAAGGAGAAAGACCAUUCUUGAAGAAGUGAUGGAAAAAGAAACCUACAAAAAGGCCAAAGAGAUUUUAGAGAGGUUUGACCCUGAGCAAUAUAAGAAAAUGGAGGCCAGUCCAAAAUCAACGCCUGCGCCAGCUCAGUCGCCUAACGGCCAAGAACUUCGCCAGAGGCCUGCCAAUGGACAAGCAGCAGUCAGCCCAGGGUUGGCCUCCCCCACCCCCACCCCCACUCCAGGGCAGCCAGUCUCUACACCCCUACCCCCCAGACCAGGGACAGCCAUGGGUAGACCUAUGACUGGGGUCAGGAACGCUGGCUUUGGCCGUCCCCCAGGUCCUCCCAUGCCGCGACAAAUCCUGCCCCGAGAGAGGAGCAACACAGACAAGAUCAUCGAGUACCUGGUGGGGGACGGACCCUCCAACCGCUACGCCCUGAUCUGCUGUGAGUGCAGGUCUCACAAUGGGAUGGCACUCAAGGAGGAGUUUGAAUAUCUGAGUUUUCGGUGCUGUUACUGCUUCACUUUUAAUGAAGCCAGAAAGCAUCGUCCACAAGCUCCUAGACCAACAUAUACUCCCAUGACCUCUAGAGGAAGAACUGAGACUGAAAGAGGCUCUGAAGAUGACGAGGCCGAAGAAGCUGACACAAAAGGUCAAAGUUCACAAGAAUCCAACAGACAACCUAAAAAUGCUAUCGACAAAAAAACAGACUAAUCACAUUGGGCUCAUUAAAUUCUAUUUGUAUUUAAUCAGUUUAUUUUAUGCAUGAUGUAAACUAUUUUCUGCACAGCUGAAAGGCACUGUGAUCUUGGAUUGAAGUGGACAGGACAGGAUUAUUUUCUUACGUAGAAAGGCAUACUAGUAUGUUCAUUGCAACCAUGUAGUACUGUACCAGUAGAUCCUAGGGUUCAGGGCAAAGAAGUUGAUAUUGAAUUAUUUCAUUUCAUUUUUUUUUUCAUUUAGAUUAUUAUUGUUGUUGUUAUCUUUUUUGUUAUCAUUAUUAUUAUUGUAUUUUAUUCAUUUGUUUGUUCAUUGAUUUGUGCAGAGGUACUUUUUAGUUUGGUAUUUUUGUCUAGGAGAAUCAGAUAAGGAGCGCUAGCGCUGCAGCACAAAACUUGACAGGGGAAAUUUAGAGAGUUUAUGGGGAACCUCACUGAAACUAAAGAGAUGUAAGAGAGGUUUAAAAGGAAAUGUCAGAUUUAUAAAAAUAGCAUAAUAUUCCUUGAAUGAGGCAUGAUGAAACAUAUUAAUGUAUCUCCUAAAAAAGAAUUGUUUGGGUUAAGAUUGUUAAUGGGCCAAACAAAAGACACUUCUAAAUGUUUGUUUGUGGCAGGUGACCAUAAAACAUAAUGAACAUGCUGUAAAUUACAGGUUAUGCAAAACCCUUAGACCUUUAUGUGUUACUUAGUAAUUUAAGUUAGAAAAAUGUGUCACAUGAAUAUAAAUGGUAUGAUAUAAUGUGUGUUUAAUGGGAGAUGAUGCUGUUAAAUGAUGCAUUUCUGUCACAAGUAGGGCACUUUAAAAAAGCAGGAAAAAGAAAUGCUGAACAUGAAAAUUAUAAUAGACCCUACUUGAUUGUCUAGUAAUGAGAGCAUCUCCCACUAUGAUAAGAAAUUUAUUUUAAAAUAAUCUGAGUUUGAGUUGUACAAGUGAAAUUCUUUAGGACUUAUUUAUUUUUAUUAUUUGUGUGCAGUUAGAAAAGCUAGUUAGCCUUAGGACUUUGUCCGUAAAUAGUAUAGUUUUACUUGAGAGUUUCUUGGACCAAGUCAUAUUAUGUAUUUAUUUCUAUUAAUUUAUUGAGUCAUGAAUUUGUACACAAAAUAUUGUACUUUUUGAAAAAUGUGGAUUGUCCCAAUGCCAAGUGAGGUUGAAAAAACUUGUUCCUAAGAAAAUGAUAAUUAUUAUAUCUAUCAUUCUAGGUAGUUAGGGGAAGGUGCUUGAUUUGGGUACGUAUAUUGUGGUAAAUUGUAUUCAAAAUGAAGAUCUGUUAAAACCACACAUUUCAGUAUGUCAUUCCUUUUAGUAACUAGCCACCUGGUAAAUUUUGUGAUUUCUCAGCAUGGAGUGAAAAAGGGCUUGUCUUCAGCUCUAAGGAGUGAGAAACUAAAUUAUUAUUAUGACAAGUUUACCUUAUAGGCUAACAAUGAGCACUAGACCUUUUUAUAGCAAAAAAUAAAUAAAAAUAAAAUAAAGAUAAAAUAAAAACAAUGAAAAAUCAAAUAAAAUAAUAAGUAUUUUAAUAACUCUCCUGAAAAUAUCUCAUCAACUGAAAAGUACAUAUAUGUUGUGUUUAAAACUGUUAACAACUAAUGAUCUAUACAUCCAUUAUUUUAAAUUUUGGAUCAGUUCUAAGUAGGAUAUACUACGGAACUACCGUUAAGUUGGUGUAUUGGGAAAGUUGAAGAAAAAUCCAUGGAAUGAGAUUGUGUUAUUGUAUGUCUAUCUAGGUCUUGUGGUCUUUGAAAACUUAUUGUAAGUGCCGAGAGCACAAUUAUACAAACUUUUGCAUGUGUCAAUAAAGAUGGAGGUUUGCAUGUGUACACCAGAAUCUGUUUUUUCAUUAAUUUGAACAGAAAAUGGGUAUCAUUGACACAAAAUGAAUUCACAAAUAAGGCAAAGCUGUCAUAAGUACAGACAAAAGCAGAAAAAAAGGCAAUUAUGGCAGUGCAAAAAAUUAUAUCACAAUGCAAAUAACCACUGUUACUACUGAAUAAUGUACUUUAUUUUUUUAUAGUUUUUUAUUUAGAUGUGAAAAUUGAGUAAUUGUCUUCAAUACAGGGCUUCAGGUCCAAAGAUUUUUGAAAAUAACAACUUGAAAAUGCCAAUGUUUGAAAAAUGUAAAGGCACACCAUUUCUACAGAACAUAAAACAAGCCUACAGUAGGUGACUUUUCAAUGACUUUCCACUUCCUCUUUUUCAUUAAACAGUACUGCACAAGAGGGUACAUGUGUGUGUAUUGUGACAAAAUAUACCCCAAAAUAUGUUUGUCUUCAUUUUUGCAGUCUGUGGGAUAACGGUAUGGAGCUCCAUUAUGUUGCAGAGCAUGUGGAAAAUGCAGCAGUCAGAACAGAGAUUGCAACACACA